AGACGCCAUCAUUAUGGUGAAAGGUAAGUUAAUCCUUCAAUCCACGGCUAUACUGGGAAAUCCUAACGCUUGCUGAAGUGUUUCGGCACUUUUCCAUCUGAACGACUAACGUGUAUUCUUCAACUGCACCUUUUUCUAAAUCCAUGCUUUUGGCCGGGGUAAAAUCUCGCCACUGUGCCCACUACGGUAAAACAUGAACUUGACGCAUUGAUUGAUGAUGACUUCAAGCGAGUAACGACCUGAAAAAUGAUGAAUUUCUUAUCCUCUAUACCAGAUGGCGGUUACUUGCUUUCACUUGGCAGUCUUCUGCUUUAUCCCGUACAAUUAUGGCCGUACAUCUCUCAUGAUACCUUAGGCGGUUUCUUUCUAACGAGUUUCAAAACCUUUGCCCUAUCCGGGCGUCGAUUCAACAUACUUAUCUCAGCCUCGCACAAACGAGCAUUUCAGAUCUCACUUCACAAAUAGGAAGAUCAGCCUCCUAUGGCCACAUAUGACGUGGCUUCAUCUUUGCCUUGUUACUUAGUCGUGCCUUGAUCUCACUGGGAAGCCAAUAGCCGGCAAACCAUAUUUUUCACUAUACCAGCGAUGCAGUCCACUUUGGGUACUGCAGGAACAUCUUGCAAACUCACGAGAUUGUUCUUAACGGAGCGUUGGGAGAGCAAAAUCGGUCCUGUCUCGCAAUCUGCUUCUUGUGUCAAUCGGCACGGAAGUAGUUUGCUGCAGGACUAUCGAGGAAUGAAGGCACCAGUUUCUGAAAUUUUCGUAUUUCAUGGCUUCGGCCAGUGGAACUGGUGCAAGAGAACAUCUCGAACAUUUCUGUAUUUGCAUUUUUCGUAGUUUCAAAUCUACAUAGGAAAUAUAUCUAUUUUGUGCCAA